GAUGGCGUCGGUCCGCCAUGUUCCAUCACACGUAACGUAGACGAUUACCGCCAAUUCUCUACUCGUGGUGUGGUACAGUCAACCGCGGUGAGAUUAGGUAGGAAUUUAGGAAUUCACACGCGUUGCUCUACGCAAGAAGUAACACAAGUAGCGAAAACAGCGGACCGCCAUUGAACAGUGCACAGUGAGAAAUCUUACGAUCGCGUUGGAUCAUAUCUCGUCCUGACCGGCGACUCGAGGUGAUGCUACCCUGAUUACGUAUCCCCCUCUCGCGCGUCGCAAUGCCUGACCACUACUGCUUUGUGUGUGCGAGCAACGAGGGUGUCUUCCUGGACGUCACUCCUGAUAAUCGUAGCACGUUUGGCGACCAGAUUCGGACGUGUUUGUCCACCAAGAUUAACGAGAGCAUCGAUCUAUCGAACAAGAUAUGUUACAAAUGCGCGUAUGAAUUAGAUCAGUGCACUAAAUUUGUACAAAGGUAUAGGAACUCGCACAAGGUGCCGGAGCCAAAAGUUGAAACGUCAAUGCGAUGUUGCUUCCUGUGCUACGAAUUAGUGGAAAGUAACCGUAUCUUCGACAUUAGCAAGGACAAGAGCGUAUUUAAUCCUUUACGAAAGAUCCGCAGCGUUUUCAAUGAUGAUAUUAACAAGAAAAACAAUUCAUGGUUAAUAUGCCUAACAUGUCGAUAUAACUUGGAUGUUUUAUAUGAUCUAAAAAGGAUAUAUCAAGAUUCAUUCAACAAUUUAAAGGCUCUGAUUAAUGAAGAGAUAAACUAUUCAAAUUAUCCAAAGAUACAUACAGAUGUUGUAAAUCGCAAAACAACCAUUACUACGUUUCCAGAUAUUACAUUUUAUGGUUCAAUAAAUUCUGAUAGCGAUAGUAACGAGGAGGACAUGGCACGUGGUAAGCGGCACAUUAAAGAACGAAAGGCGCGGAGCAAUGUACAAAUGAAACCGCGAAGCAACAAAUCGAAAGCCAGGAGUUGCGACAAGUGUCAUAAUGCUGUUGCGAAUGAUAUCGACAUGUACAGAUUUUAUCGCACAGGUCUAACGGUUUGCAAAAAUUGUUGGAUAACGAUGGAUCCGAGUAUUGCUAAGUCGCAGCGACGAUCUCGCCAGACACAAUCCAAGACAGAAACGAAAUUAUGCGCGGUUUUUUUGAAAGAUGUACUGAGCCAUGAAUCACUUAAGAAAGAGGAGAAAGAUGAAACACAUGAGAUAGAGAAAGACAAAACAUGCGAGACGGAGGAAGAUGAAACACGCGAGACGGAAAAAGACGAAACACGCGAGACGGAGAAAGACAAAACACGUGAGACGGAGAAAGACGAGGCAUGCGAGAUGGAGAAAAAUGAGAUACACAAUACAGAGAAAGAUAAAGCACACGAAAUGGAAAAAGAUAAGGAUGAUAAUGAAUCGUUGGUUAAUUCUCAGAAAGAAGCAAAAUAUUCCGAAGAAAGUAGUUCUUUGAGUAGCUCGCCUAAAAUAAGGAAUCAUAUAGUUAAUGGUAAAGCAAGACGAGGAAGGAAACGGAAAAUUGACGUAGUGAGAUCGAGAAGUGAUAUCGAACGUACACCAUCGAAAGUGACAAGAGUCGGUAACGAACACACGAACACGAACGAAGAGAAAUCACCGAAAACGACGAUCGAUACAGAACAACAGCCCGGUACUCAGUUGAUGAAAACGCGAGGACGUAAAAGAAUAGAUAAUAGGAGUUCGGAUUCUGAAGGUUCUCAAAAGCAAAAAGCGUCUAUUGAUGCAGAGCAACAGUCCAGUACUCAACAGAUGAAAAAGCGAGGACGUAAAAGACUAAUAGAUAAUAGGAGUUCGGAUUCUGACAGUCCUCAGAAACAAAAAAUUUCAGUUGAUGCAGAGCAGCAGUCCAGCACACAUUUGACGAAAACGCGGGGACGUAAAAGAAUAAUGGAUAAUAGGAGUUCUGAUUCCGAAGGUUCUCAGAAACAAAAAGAGACAGAUCAAAUUAAAUUAAAUGAGAGUGUAAAUAAUACAAAGAAAAAACAGAAAACUAAAGGGACAACUUCAAGCGCACGUUCUGACUCUAGCGACGAGACAUCCAUUGAAGAAAAAAAGAGUUCAAAAAAUAGGCUAAAACCUACGAGUUCGUCGACUGCACCUACAAAAAAAGAACAAGAAAGCAAUAUCCGUAGUAGGGCGAGAUCGUCUUCUAUGUCCAGCACAGAAAUGACAUCGAUGGAAUUUAAAAGCCCGAAAUCUUUGCCACAGUCAGAAGUUAAAACUGAGUACACUUGUGACAAAUGUAACAAGAAAUUUGACUCUAAGUUGUCCAAUGCGAAACAUAAAUUGACACAUUUCAAGCAAGCUGCAUUAAAACUAGAAAAGAUAACUGUUGCGAAUAUUAAGGUGAAACAGGAAACAGAUCUCAUUUCACAAGAUGAAGAAGCGACGUCACGUUCCGAUAGAACUACAUCCGUCGACAAAAGUACCGAUGAUCCAUCGGAGGACGCCGUUGUCAAUAUCGAAGACAAUACUAACGACGAGCCCUACAGUUUAGGUGAUACAAAAAAUGCAAAGGAAAAAAUGGAGGAAAAGAAAAGUGACGAAAGUGGUGACACAGACGAUAAACCGGACGUAGUGACGAGUGAAUCGCGCUUAGAAGAAAAAUCUACAAAUGAUGAAAACGUUGAAAAAACAAAAUCUGAAAAAUGUGAAAAUUCAGUUACCCCGAACGAUACAAUAAUAGAGAUAGGGGAUGAUGAAGAUAGACCAGAUAAAAAUAUAAAGGAUGAACAUACGACAAAGAACGAGGAUGAGACAUUAGACAGAGGCAGUGACAAAUUUAAAGACAGUGAUGCACAGGAGGCUACUGUUGCUAUACUGGAAGAUCAUAAGAACGUGGAGAAUGAAAAUGAGGAGGAAGACAAAGAUGUAGAAAUAAAAAAUGACACGGUAGUUCCUUCCACAGAAAAAGAAAAUACUACUAGUGAAUGUAAUAAUGAUGAGGAAGCAACGAGCGAUAAUGAAAUAACUAGCUUAUCAAUUUUAUCAAAUCAUAACAGAAUAAAGGAUAACAAGGAUCAAGACGAAAAUUGCAAAAAUAACUUCAUAGAUGGUGAUAGAGAUGAAAUAAUAGAAGAACCAGAAAUACAAAGCGAUUUAAUAGAUGAGUCUUCGAAGAUACAUAUAGAAGAGCCAGAAGAAAAUCUCCCAGAUAUUUUGCCGACUGAUGAAACAGAAACAUUAAAUGAAAAAAAUGAUUUAGAUGACAUAAUAGCUAUAGAUGAAGAGAUCGAACAAUUGCAAGAACAACAAAAUAAAUCCAAUGAAGAAAAUACAGAAGUCGAAAUUAUUGCAGAUGUUGAUGAAUCUAAUAGUGUAAGAGAUAUGCCAGAUCUUCUAAAUGGUGAAACACGCGAUGAAGUGAUGGAAGACGACGUUGAAGAUAUUACAAUAAUCAGCGACGAUGUCGACGAAACGAAAAAAGGGAUAGAAGACACAGUCCAAACAGAUAAGCACAGGAAAUUAGAAGAAGAGCUAAAGGAGCUCGAGGAGUUGGUAGUCGAGAGUAAUGCAAUGAAUAAUAAGUACGAAGUACAGGAAGAUUCAACUUAUGUCCCAGAUAAUAGCUCUGCGGAUGCGGCAACCGAGAUAUUGAAGGAAGUAUUUGAUCUUGCUGCUGCUGAAGUUCAGCAGCGAGAAGAGAUUAUUACGAAGACUUUAGUAGAGGAUGUCGGAAUGGAAAUGGAAACACUGGAGAACAUAUCACGUGAGAUACGCAAGAGUGCCGAUAUGCCAUCCUUGGAUCCAAUUAGCGUGAUGGAUAUAGACGAUGAUGGUAUUAUGUUGAACUAAUUGUGCCUGUAGCAAACAAUCACUACUGUACAUUCUGUCCCGUUUUUAUCUGAGAAAUGUAUCUUCGUCAUGUGUGCAAUGCGUAUCUAUUUACAGCUACAGGGAAUUUAAAUUGAUUGAAAGAAAAAGAACAUAAAUCGUCGAAUAUCUAUGGACGUAUAUUUUAUCAUAAACUUAUUCUUCAGCAUGCUGAAGUUUCCAAGGUAAUUUGCACUUUAUAUUUCUUACAUUAGAUGAAAAUUGGAGAGACUGCAACGAUCGAGUGGUCUUCGGUCAAAUUCGCAAAGUUUUCGUUGCUAUAUUUUAACUUAUAUUGUUAAGAAUAACGUUCGUUAAGUAUUAAAUAUAGGUAUCACAAUAGCAUGGACUUCACACUAUUUUUCAAAUAACAGAACAGAUUAGCUAUAUAUAAAGCU